AUGACAAUAAGCGUGGCAACCACCAUGACGAAAAUAAGGUACCUGGGGAGCCCGGAAUGUGUGAUGUCACAGCCUCCCACUCCCCUAGCCACAGAGGGCGCUGCUGGUCCUCUGAGCUCACAAACACUUUCUCUCCGCCUGGGCUGGAGCACGUCCUCGAGCUCUCCCCCUCGUCGAGGCCAGACGCUUCCCCUGGCCCUUCUGCCCCUUCUACCACCGGUAGCGGCCAUGAAGGGGACCCCCAGCUCCCUGGACACCCUACUGUGGGUCUACCACUUCCACAGCUCCACGGAGGUGGCUCUCCAGCCCCCGCUUCUAUCUUCCCUGGAACUCUCUGUGGCCGCAGCCCAUGAAUAUCUGGAGCAGAGGUUCGGAGAGCUGAAGUCCCUGGAGCCCCGGCAGCCGAAGGAGCCAGGGGAGUCUCCUGCACCGAAGCCCACACUGGGGCUGGUGCUGAGAGAAGCCGCGGCUAGCAUCAUGAGCUUUGGAGCCACAUUAUUGGAGGUGGAGAGGGGAGAGAAGGGGUCGAGGAAGGGGGCUAGGGCGGCGGGAGCUGGAGCCUCUGAAUCCUCACUAACCCCUGCACCCACAAUCCAGAUCUCAGCCCUAUGGCUGCAGCAAGAGGCGCGGCGACUAGACGGCGGCGACGGCAGCUGGGGCCCAGCCCCCGAUGCCGGGGAUCCGGGUGCAGCACUGGCCCGGGUAGCUCAGGCUGUCAGACAGGGGGCUCUGCACGCUUGGGCUUUGGCGGGCACGAGCUCCCAGCUCCUCGUCCAGGGAGUGUGGCUAUGCCUAUGUGGACGGGGCCUGCAGGGGUCCGCCUCAUUCCUGCAGCAGUGGCGACGGCAGCUGGGCCUCAGAAUCCCCGGGAAAUCGAGAUACUCAGGAGACCUCCAGGUAGCGUCCAGCAGCAGCGCGGAGGACAGGGGACCGGAAAAUCCAUCACCAUCCCAGCCCCACCCCGCGUCCAAAUAAAGACCAGCAAGGAGAGGAGACAGCCAAAGCUUCUCCAGCUGUCGCUUAGUUCCGAGGCGCCCCUACACCAGACGCCACUUUGGCGCCGCCUUCCAUACUGGCCACGCCCCUGUGGGCACAGCGCGGCCCACUCCGCCCUC